CGACAAGUCUAACACAGACACACACGCACACUAACAGCAUAUAAUAUCAGAAAAAGAAGCGCCUUCGAAACAAAUUAAAAAAGCCCGCGGAUAUUAUGCACCGCAUUCCACAGAACGACUUGAGCAGAAAUCAUAUUUUCCUGUCGCCUAACGGCGACUACAGCCGCCAUUUGGUUAAGCUGUGCGAGCGAUGUGUGCAGCAUGAGAAGAAGGUGCUUCUGCUGACCCAGCGCAAAAUGUCGAGCAUAUUGGAAAAGCCGCGCUCGUUGCAUCAGUUGGAACAUUGGCUGCACAUUGCCUUCAAGGACAUUGAGAGCGCACCUCGUCGCAUUAUCGAGCUUUAUGAUUGUGCCCCGCAUCCGGACUUGAUUGUCUUCGAUAUGCAUUCCAUAAUUGCCGAAUUGAUCUGCCGUCCCGUGUUGCAGCAGUGUUCCAGAGAGACCCUUGUGCGUCUCAUAGCCAAAUGUGCAGCUGCCUUUUGCAACUAUCGCGAAAUGGUGCAUGUGUCGAAGCUGGAGCUGGCCAGGUCAACUGGGAAGGAGCACCCUGUCGACACUAUUGUCAUCAUGCCCACCGAGGCAUAUCCCCUGUCUCCGGAACAGUUUAAACUCCUCAUCGGGCUCUACUUUUACGGCAACGAGUUGUACAACAAUUUCUCCCAACUCUCGGAACGCAUUCGCGUCUCGCAAGGAUUGCACUAAAACAACAACAACAUAAUGACUGCUACAAGUGCCUGUUCAUAUAAUGCUAACAAGAUAAACUAGCAUUUAAUAUGAACCAAUCGCCAAUCCAAAAAUGUUCCUCAUCAAGUUACUCUCCGAUCUAUAAGAUUUUUCGAUAUAUCGAAGAUGUAGCGAACUUUUGAAUAAUAAUACUUAAUAUGUUGCAAUCGAUAAGGUUGCAUAUUUGUCAACUCGCAUGGCAUCCAUGCUAUAUUUGUUUUUUUUUUGUUUUUUGUAUAAAACCGAAGAUAACUCUAUGUUAUAUGUAGAUAACGUUAAAGUCUUAGUCUGUGUGAAAAAUAUGAACAUAUAUAUUAAUAUUUAUUAUUUGCUAAUUUCACACACGUUUAUAAAAACUACGACUAACAAAAUAUAAAUUACGUUAAUUAAAAAACAAAAAAAAAAAUAUUAAUAUAUAAAUAAUAUAUUAAUAUAUUGCGCCAUAGAAAAGGAACUAAGAUUUGAGUUUUAGGCAGUAAAACAGAUAUAACUAGCAUAAUUAUCUAUCAGCUGUAGAUAAGGAUAAAAUAUAAAAAUCUGUGUAAAAAUUUAAAUAUAUGCAAUAAAUUAAUAUUUAUUAUUU